AUGCCGGCGAUGCUAAAAAGCUACUUGGGCUUCGGCGAAGCCUUUGGACUUCAAGCUUCUAGAAAUGAUGACUCCCCGUUGCAGGCUCUUCCGGCCUCCUUUUAUACCUCCCAGGAGAUGUUUGAGCUAGAACGCCGUGCUAUUUUCUCUCGCAAAUGGCUCUUGACCGCACACAAGCUGCGUCUUCCCAAUAUUGGCGACUACCUCCGAUAUGAUAUUGCCGGGUACGGCUUCAUUCUAGUCCGCGACCGUGAAGGCAAGAUCAACGCAUUCCACAAUGUCUGUCGCCACCGAGCCUUUCCCGUUGUGACCGAGGAAAAGGGUACCUCAAGAAUCUUCUCCUGCAAAUAUCACGGUUGGUCCUACGGCUUAAAUGGCAAGCUAGCCAAGGCACCUGGAUACCAAGAUCUGGAAGACUUUGACAAGAACAAUAACGGCCUGCUCCCCAUCCACUCUCACAUCGACGCGAACGGCUUCAUCUGGGUGAACUUAGAUAGUGCCGUCAAGCCAGAGAUCUCCUGGGAAGAAGACUUCAAGGGUAUUGACCUGCAGUCCCAAUUCCAAGAUCUUAACUCUCAAGACUAUGAGUUCAGCCAUACUUGGGAAACUGAGGGUGACUUCAACUGGAAGGUUCUGGCUGAGAACUACAACGAGACUUCCCAACAGACCAACUCUGAUGUUCCAACUCUGGCCGAUCUCGGUAUUGAGGGUUCCGCCGAUUUUACGAAGGCAACACCAGAGCAGGUUGUAAGAGACCUCAAAAUUGCCAGCACCUACUACUUCCCCAAUGCCACAAUGACCGUCUCACCGCAUUGUUUCUUCUUGCAGCGAUUUGUGCCCACUUCACCGACCCAUUGUGUCACACGCUACGAGGUCUACCGGAACAAAAACUCUAGCGAUGCGGAGUUCGAGCUACUCAAUCGAAUCUACAAGCGCAUUCUGUCAGAAGACAAAGAUCUCUGCGUUGAGACCCAGAAGACUCUAAGACCUCAUAGCGCGCUCCCCUCAAGCAUGGAGAAGGGCUCUUUCUUUUUCCAGUCCGUGGUCCGUGGUCUUCUGACUGAUUAUCGAGCGCGCGAGGAAGCUGCUGGAAAGGAAGUCUGGCCGUCUCGUCAGCCUGUUCCUGAGGGUGCCCUGACGACCCAGGCAGACAUUGAUUUCUGCACUAAGCUUGAAGCUCAGAGUAAAGUGAACAAGGGCAAUGACUGCUCUUCGGGGUCCAGUGGAUGCUGUGGAGGAACAGCCUGUGGAGCGGUCGCCGACAACGGAUCGUCUGCUAACGAGACCAUGGUUUGCUAA